CCCCCUGGCGGCCGCGCACGCGCACUGCGCCGGGCCCAUCCCGCGGCCGCGGACCCGCAGGCCUCGCCAUGACCAAGGAGCGCGGGGGGGACCCCCCGGCGGGGGGGACGCCGACCCCCGACCCCCCCAGCCCGGUGGUGGAGCGGCGCAAGAAGCCGAUGGUUCAUCCCGCCGCCCCCGCCCCCCUGCCCAAGGACUACGCCUUCACCUUCUUCGACCCCAACGACGCGGCGUGCCGGGAGAUCCUGCUGGACCCCCGGACCACCGUGGCGCAGCUCUUCGCCAUCCUGCGCCAGUGGGUGCCGCAGGUGCAGCACAGCGUGGACGUCAUCGGCAACGAGAUCCUGCGCCGCGGGUGCCACGUGGACGACCGGGACGGACUGACGGACAUGACCCUGCUGCACUACGCCUGCAAGGCCGGCGCCCACGGCGUGGGUGACCCCGCGGCCGCUGUCCGUCUGUCCACGCGGCUGCUGGCGCUGGGCGGGGACGCGGGUGCGCAGAGCCGCUGGACGCACAUGAACGCGCUGCACUACGCCGCCUACUUCGACGUGCCCGAGCUCAUCCGCACCCUGCUGCGGGCCGCGGCCCCCCGAGUGCUGCACUCGACCUGCAGCGAUUUCAGCCACGGCACCGCGCUGCACAUCGCGGCCUCCAACCUGUGCCUGGGGGCGGUGCGCUGCCUGCUGGAGCACGGCGCCGACCCCGCCCUCAGGAACAGCAAGGGCCAGGUGGCGGCCGAGGUGGUGCCGGACCCCACGGACAUGGCGCUGGACCGGGCCGGCGCCGAGGCGGCGCGGGAGCUGCGGCGGCUGCUGCUGGACGCGGUGCCGCUGAGCUGCAGCCUGCCGCGCGUCACCCUGCCCAACUACGACAAACCUGCCCGCACCCUGAUGCUGCUGUGCCUGGGGCUGCAGCUGGGGGACAGGGUGCGGCUGGACAGCGGCAAGGUGGGGACACUGAGGUUCUGUGGGCACCCUGAGGUUCUGUGCACCACGGCCUUCGCCAGCGGGCAGUGGGCGGGGGUGGAGCUGGACGAGCCCGAGGGGAAGAACGACGGCAGCGUGGGGGGGGUCCGCUACUUCAUCUGCCCCCCCAAAACGGGCAUCUUCGCCUCGGUGUCCAAGAUCUCCAAGGCCGAGGAGCAGCCCCCGGCGCCGUCGCCCCCCCGAGCCCCCCGGGACCCCCCGGCCCGAGCCCCCCACAAAUCCCGCAAGGACAAGAGAGCCUCCCGGAAGCGGGCGGGGGCGUGGCUGGACCGCGAGGGCCGGCGGGUGGCGCCGGGGGACGCGGUGCUGGUGGCCGGGCAGCGCCAGGGCCGGGCGCGCUUCUACGGCCGCACCGACUUCGCCCCCCG